AUGGACGACAUCGCGGGGUUGGACUGGAACUCGACCCCAGUCAACGGACGGAAACCAGCAACGUUGACCUCGACCUCGACCUCAAACUACGCUGCCUUUAGCACGUUAAAACCCACUCCUCCUGCUUCCGGACGGGCGUCUCCGCUCAAUCCAGCUUCCAGCCAAGCCCCCUCGAAACCGUCAACCCCUGCCAACGACAGUUUCGCGAACCUCGUCUCCUUCGGGUCCGCAUCGAACAAGAACCUCUCAUUACUAGAACAGCAAAAGAGGCAGACAGAAGCAAAACUACAUCAGCAAAGGGCUCAGAGUCAGAAUUUCGCUGCAGGAGACGAGCAAUUCUGGAAUAAUUUGGGCAGCGGAAGGGGUUCACCCGCCAUCAGUAAUACGAAAACGCAGACCACGAGCACACGAAAUAACGCAUUGGAUGACGAUGAUGACGACCUGUUUGCUGCUUUCAAUAAACCUUCUCCAGUCAAAAAUCAGAGUAAUCCUGCUUCGGUGAGUAGGGAUGCUACGAAUAACGACGAUGACGACCCGUUCGGCCUGGCGGAGGCUGGGCCACGACGAGCUGACACUGCGGCUACAACAACUAUGGUAGACGACGACGAUGUGCUGGGCCUACUGGGGAAACCGGUAUCUGCUCAGCAAAGGCAUGAAUCUCCACCUCUAGUCGCCAGGAAUGACCCUACAGAUCUCCACCCACAGGACCGGGUUGUGGCCGAACUUGUCGAUAUGGGGUUCCCUCCAGAGAAGGCCAAACUCGCCCUAGAAGCUACAGAGUCUGGGCUUGACGUUCAGGCUGCUGUAGGCAUCCUUCUCAACCAGGCACAUGCGGAAGCACGGCAGAAGACACAGUCCAGAAAUGCACAGCGGCAAGGAGUAGAUGAAUGGGCGGAAGGACAACACUCGCGAGCAACAGCACGCCGGGAUGAUUCCGAGGCCAGACGAAACCGACUGCAGGACGCCACUCGUGCGCAAGACAAGGACAUUGAAAAAUUGGCAACUGAAUUUGGGUCCAAUUUCCUCAAAACCGCCAACUCUUUGUGGAAGCAAGGGACAAAACAGAUACAGAAAGCAGUGCAGGAGUUCAACUCGGACACCGAGGCUGCCGGCACUCAGCCCAAGUGGAUGCGGGAGACUGCAGAAAGACCUGCCCAGAGGGAGCAUCAGCCACGCCAACAGGAGGUUGAGACAAUUCCUGCUCGCCGGAGAAGAAGCCUGGAAGCUCAGGCUAAAUCAGACUUGACGAAUGAGGCGAUGAUGCUGGAAGGGAGUCGACCGACGCCGCCCUCGAAGCCGUCAGUUCCUUCACAACGACCAGAUAGAAGCUUCAUUCCUGGUGGCGACAGCUCUCGCGACCGUUCUCCCGCCAUGCCUUCUCGACUUCGGGAAUCACUCCUGCAAACUCAGCCGGCAUUUUUGCGGCAGCAGAAUCAGUCGCCCGCCGCUGGCUUAAAAGCGAGUCUGAGUAGAGAAGCCGCGGAGGAGCAAGCAGCUCAAGCAUAUGUCAGCUCCGCUCGAAGACGGAAGCCUCAAUCUCAAUCUCCUGCUUCGCCCCCACUCGCGUCCACUGCACAGUCAGACCUACUUGAAGGCAGCUUCAAAGAUUCCACCCGCGAGCCUUCACGCCAAGCAGCACCAUCAAUAGCACAGAGACCUCAACCUCCUCGUCCCCGGACUCAACCCACAAUGCCGGCCUCAACACCACCCAUAAAAGUCCGGCCACCACCUCCGACCCGCCCAGUCCCGUCCGUCUCGGCUAUCGCCCUGAGAGCAAGCCACACAGCUCGAGAAAAAGGCAACGAUCACUUCAAACGCGGCGACUAUGCCUCCGCCCAUCAAGCCUAUGCCACCUCGCUUUCUCACCUGCCAGAUUCUCAUCCCCUGACGAUAGUCCUCCUCACAAAUCGCGCCUUGACAGCCCUCAAGACCGGCGAACCCAAAUCCGCGAUCAUCGACGCAGACAAGGCGAUCGGCAUCAUCGGCCCAAGUAAAGGUGAAAACGAGACUCUCGCCACAGGAGAUGAUACGACAAAACCCAUGCGCGAGUAUUACGGUAAAGCCCUCAUGCGCAAAGCCGAAGCGCUGGAACAAAUGGAAAAGUGGGCAGAUGCGGCACUCGUAUGGCGUGAGGCUGUGGAAGGUGGCCACGGGGGCGCGACUAGUAUCCAGGGACGAAUGAGGGCCGAGAAGGCUGCGAAUCCGCAGGCGUCAAGACCGAAGCCAGCGCCUUCGGUAGCACGAAAGACGGCGUCCGCGCCGCCGCCAGCGUCUCGGAGGAACGCGGCAGCAGCACCGUCAGUGAAGCCAGCAGCAGCGGUGUCUCGUCUGCGCGCCGCGAACGCCCUGGCUGAACGGCAGGACGAUGAGAAGUUUCGCCUAUCGGAUGCAAUUGACGCGCGCAUCAACUCCUGGAAGGGAGGCAAGCAGGAUAAUCUACGGGCGCUACUCGGCAGUCUAGAUCAAGUGUUGUGGGAAGGGAGCGGGUGGAAGAAGAUCAGUAUGGCCGACCUGGUGCUCCCGGGCAAGGUCAAGAUUCAGUACAUGAAGGGGAUCGGGCGGGUGCAUCCUGACAAGAUUCCCACGGAUGCUACUACCGAGCAGAGAAUGAUUGCGGGCGCCGUGUUCAGUACGCUGAACGAAGCGUGGGACAAGUUCAAGGCGCAGAACAAUCUAUAA